CUGACAAGCAACCAGUGUGCAGAAGAGGAGAAAUUGUGCAAAAUAAUUGAGAACUUCAGUUGUAAAGAGUCCCUUGUAAGUGAAUGUGGAUUGUACAUUCAGUUCAGUGUUGAGCUUUGCCCAGUAAGAGCAGACACGGCCAUGACUCUGCCUCGAUGGCUGGAUCUCUGCUGGAUGACCUGGUGUGUUUUACAGGGUGUGAAGCCGGCCACACCGCACCAGCCCAUUGAAGUGGACCUCUUUGACUCGAAGUCCAGCGUCAUCUCCAUCAAAGACCACCGCAAGUGGGCGGUCAAUCGCUUUGCCCUGGAGGCGGAUUCGUCGCACUUGGUGUAUCAGAGCUGCCCAACGGAUGCCCAGGCGCAGCAAGCCCACGAGGUCCUGUGGACGAACCCGAUUCGCACCGCGGGCGCCCGCCACCUCUUCCUGGACCUGACCUUCGCCCUCUCGGCCUGCCAGCCGCUGGGGCAGUGCAGGGACAGCUUUACCCUGAGUCUAUUGCAGACCGACUCCGCUCGUGCCAAACCCCAAUCCUGGCGGUCAGUCAGGAUCCCAAUCGAAGGCAAGGGGCACUUCCCGGGUGAGCUCCUCGAGGGGCGCAUUGACUGGAUGAGCCUGAGGAGGAGGCUCAACACGGUCAGAGGCAAGCUGCUGGGGCCGGUGACCCAACCCUACUGCCGGCUGGGCUUCCAGUACCGGGGGCCUUGCCUGCUGCUCAGCUCUUUCAGAGUUUACUACAAGAGAUGUCCGCCGGUCGGGGAGCAGCUGGCCGUGUUUCCCGAGGCCACCGGGGGCGAGGAGCUGGUCACCGGCCGCUGUGUGAACAACUCGCUGCCGGAGGAGUUCCCGCGGCGGCGGUGCAGCGAGGAAGGGACGUGGGGGCCCAUCUCAGGCCGGUGCCUCUGCAGAGAGGGCCAUCAAGCCGAGAGAGGCGCCUGCAACGGUGAGCACUGCUUUCCCCUCUGGUUGUGUCAACGGCCGGCGUUAGAACGUAGAACGCAGAGCGCAGUACAGGCCUUUGGGCCUAUAAUGUUGUACCGACCUUCUAGCCCGUUCUGAGAUCAGCCUAGCUACUGUAGCCAUCUUUUAUUACGAAAGGUGCUUGGGCAAUAACCUGGACAGGACAGGCAAGCUACUGAGAUGGGUAGUUCGGUCAGCUGACCAGUUGGGAAGGGCCUGCUUCUGCCCGGUCUGACUCCAUGACUGGAAUUUCCAUGACGCCGCCUUCAUCCAUCUCAGAGUGUUGGAAAGGCUUUACAGUCGGCAAA